AUGAAAGCUCUCAGAGCGCUUUGGAAAAAGAUAACUCAAACAAAAGCUCUUGACAAUUCUAGUGGAAAACUUGAGACACUUUUCUUCGAGCAAGUGUAUAGAGUCACUUAUUUAUUAGGAUUUUCAACGUUUGAUAAGGGCCUGUAUACACUAUAUAGUGCUCUGAUCAAAUUCUCGUUAAUAAUGCUUUUCGUCUUCGAAGUUAUGCAUUUAAUAAUGGACCCCGUCACCUUCGAUGAAUUGGCUAGUUCGCUUAAUGUUAUAAUUUUGCAAAUAAUAACAUUUUACAGAUACAGGAAUACGAUUUCAUACAGUGGUUUGUACCGAAAACUAGCUGUGGCUAUGGAGUCUAAAACAUUCGACAUUUCGACUGAAAAUCGUAAGAACAUCGUCCAGUACUGGUCCACCACGAGUGAGAACUAUUUGAAGUUGUUACUGGGUAUAUAUGUAUAGGUAGGAUACUUGACCAUCCUUGCUUGGUACACAUACCCACUGGUGGACAGCGUGGAGUACAACUUGAUUGUGGGUCUAAGAUUACCAUUUGACUUCCACAAUCCCCGGGGCUAUGUGAUAGCCUACAUCGGCCUUAUUGUGGUGUUCUACUACGUCUCUCAUUUCGUGAUGGUCGCUGAUCUGACUAUGCAGACCUAUCUGUUGCACCUCUUCUGCCAGUUCAAUGUCCUCGCUGAUUGCUUCGAGAAUGUUGUGGAAGACUGCAGAUGUGAACUCAAAGAAUUCUUCUUUACAUUGGGAUAUUACUUUCCAACUUUCCAAAUUUCCAAGAAAUAUAAAAAACGCUUGAGUAGUCUCGUUGAACAACAUAAAUUACUACUGAGGUUAACUCUAGACCUGCGCAAGAGUUUGAGCGGACCCAUGCUUGCACACUUGGCGGCCAGCAGCGUUAUAAUUUGCUUCAUCGCCUACCAGGCUGCCACUUCUGUAACAGUGAAUAUAACGAAGUGUCUCAUGAGCCUGUUCUUCUUGGGAUACAAUCUCUUCGGCUUCUACAUCAUAUGCCGCUGGUGUGAGGAAAUAAAGACACAGAGUGAGAGCAUAGGCACGGCGGUGUACUGCUCUAAAUGGGAGACAGGGGUCGCUGUGAUCCCCACAGUCCGGUCCUCUCUGAUGAUGGUCAUCGCGAGAGCCAACAAGCCGCUCAUGAUGACAGCUGGAGGAAUGUACGACCUCUCUCUCAUGUCUUAUACUCAUCUGGUCAAGACUUCGUACUCCGCUUUGACUGUCUUACUUAGAUUCCGGAAUUAAUAACAUGUUUUUGAAUUAUUGCAUAAAAGUAAGUAAUUUUAAAAAAGAAAAGAAAUUAGCAACACCAAUUAGGUUGCUAAAAUUACGUUCAUAAUUUAGUUAACACAAAAAAAUUGACAGUGUAAAUAUCUACACAAAAUAAAAUCACGGAGAAAUACCCGCGACACAUUUGUUAUGUAAAUGUUAGACAUUUGUCCGAACUUAUUAACAUCGGGACAAAACAUUUCAUGUUACGGACCUACAGGAAUUAGUCAACGUUGUCAAUUCCAAAUGCUAAUUUAUAAAUACGAGGAACAACAGACUGUCCUCAUAAUUGUCAAAGUGGAUGAAGUGAACGCACUGCUAUUUAGAAACAAGUGUUUUCCUCUUAUAAUUUCGAUAUUUGUGGAUUUUUCAGAAUAAACAUGA